CGCGCCGGCGGGAGGAGGCCGCGGCGCGGACGCGUCCCCGCGAGCGUGGCCAGGAUGUCCGCGCAGUCGGCUCGCAGCGGGCUGUGAGCGAGGGCAGCGGGGCUUUGUCCUGGGCGAUGCGCUGCGGGGUCGCCGUUUUCAGGCCUCUGCCCCUGCCUCCGCGCGCCGCGCGGCCCCGUAGAGAGCGCCGAGACGCUCUCCGCAUGCCCGAGUGAGGGUCGGCCGCCCGCGCUGCGAGGGUGUCGUGUGAGGGCGGGGGUUUUCGGGCGCGUGUCCCCCCUCUCCGUUUUGGUUUUUGGCUUUUUUGGUUUUGUUUUGUUUUGUUUUGUUGUGCGCUUCCGAGGCCGGGCCUCCGUCCCUGUGCGGUUUAAGCAAAAAGAGCCAGGAGCUCCUCCGUCAGCAACAAGUGAUUGUUUGGAAACUUUUCCCUGUCGGGGGCGAGCGCGGAGAGCUGGUUUUCUUUGCGAGCCCGAUAAAUGCUAUUGAUGAAGAUGGACCUGUUGAACUACCAGUACCUGGACAAGAUGAACAACAGCAUCGGCAUUCUGUGCUACGAAGGUGAAGCUGCUCUCAGGGGAGAGCCCAGAAUGCAGACCCUUCCUGUGGCCUCUGCCCUCAGCAGUCACCGCACCGGCCCUCCCCCCAUCAGUCCCAGCAAGAGGAAGUUCAGCCUGGAACCUGGCGAUGAUGACCGAGACUGUGAAAAUGACCAUGUUUCCAAGAUGACGCGCAUCUUCAGUCCCCAUCUGAACAAGUCCACUGCCAACGGAGACUGCCGAAAGGACUUCCGGGAGCGGAGCCGCAGCCCUAUCGAGCGUGCCGUGGCCCCUGCAGUGAGCCUGCAUGGUGGCCACCUGUAUACGUCCCUCCCCAGCCUCAGCAUGGAGCAGCCCCUCGCGCUGACCAAGAGCAGUGUGGACGCCAGCAGGCCAGCAGGCCUCUCGCCUACCCUGACGCCCGUGGAGCGGCAGCAGAACCGGCCCUCUGUGAUCACCUGCGCCUCUGCCGGCGCCCGCAACUGCAACCUUUCACACUGCCCCAUCGCGCACAGCGGCUGUGCUGCACCCGGGCCUGCCAGCUACCGGAGGCCACCCAGUGCGGCGGCCUCCUGCGACCCAGUGGUGGAGGAGCACUUCCGCAGGAGCCUGGGCAAGAACUACAAGGAGCCCGAGCCGGCGGCCAACUCCGUGUCCAUCACUGGCUCCGUGGACGACCACUUUGCCAAAGCUCUGGGUGACACGUGGCUUCAGAUCAAGGCGGCCAAGGAUGGCGCGUCCAGCAGCCCCGAGUCAGCCUCACGCCGGGGCCAGCCCGCCAGCCCCUCGGCCCACAUGGUCAGCCACAGCCACUCCCCCUCCGUGGUCUCCUGAACGGGGCGCCGCCUCCAGUGACCCGCGGAUCUGCAUGGUUUGCCAGAGCUUCGAACAGUCAGUGCUUAAAAAAAAAAAAAAAAAAAAGGAAAAAAAUGGGGGUGGGAGGGGGGAGCGGGCUGGUUUAUUCGCAAAAGCCGCGUUGCUGGGAUGACUGUUCUGUUCUGUUCUCGCUUGGCAUUUGUUCGUGGGCCUCGGAUACGACCGCAGGAGCGACGUGGGAAACUGUCCUCCUGCCUCCUACCAAAGAAACCUCCGCCCGGCCCGAGGAGACGCGCCGCCGCGCACGCUCCGCUCUCACCUUCCGAGGGCAGGGCGUGUGUGGCCGUCUACUUGAAGAGAACUGUCGGGUCUGCUUUGCACUACGGAGGAGGACGCCGUGCGCGCUCCCCGUGUGCGCGGGUCGGAGGCGCCGUUCCGUGCAGGCCGCAGGCCUCCUCCGUGUGGACGCCGGGCGCUGGCGGCCGACCCGCACUCCGGCCCGGGCCUUGAUCUUGGUGCGGUGUCCGGGCAGCAGAGUGGCCUCUUUCGAGAGUUGCAGCCCGACAGACUGACUGCUGGUCCAGUUGUGCUGAGAGACGCGUGGAUCCCUGCGUGACCCCGGGCGCCCCACGCCGAGACAUUCCUGACCCCACCCCGUUACUGCUGCGUCUAUUACCGUUCGCUGAACUAACAGCUACUAACGAGAAACGAGGGCGCCCCUGCCGGACCCCCGCCCCUGCAUGAGAGAGCAGGGACACGCGGGGUCGCUGGUAAACCCAGGACAGGGCCCGCGUGGGGCACCGGGAGGGGCCGAGCUCCCGCUGCGGUCGCAGGGCGGCUGCAGCCUUCCAGAAAGCAGAGCCACACCCGGCUGCCCGCACGUCUCCCUCCCACCCUCCUGGGCUUCCAGGCUUGGGCAUCCAGGCCCCGGGUCUUCUGUAGGAAAAAUGCCGUUGCGACCCCUUUUUUAUAUAGGUAACUAAGACCAUCAUUACGCUGCGCGUAAAGAAUGUACAGACAUUUGUAGGUAUUUUUGAAGAACAAUUAAUUUGUUAAUGAUAUGUAGCUAUUUAAUUUCCCCCUUUCCUAUUGUAAUCAUUCAUUUUGUUUGUCGUUUGGAAAAAAAAGUUGAUCUUUUUUUUACCGUA